AUGACAAACCCACCCGACACCCCCGAUAUCGCCAUUGUCGGCGGCGGCAUCGUAGGCCUCGUCCUAGCAGCCGGCCUCACCCGUCGCGGAGUCCAGGUCAAGCUCUUCGAACAAGCGCGCAACUUCCGCGAGAUCGGCGCCGGCAUCGGCUUCACGCGCAACACCGUCAACUGUAUGGAGAAGAUUAGUCCCGGUAUCGUGCGCGCGCUGAGAUCUGGCGGCUCCGUCAAUGUGUCGCUGGACCAGGUUGACCCCAAUGCCUACUUGCGGUAUAUUAACGGGUACGGGCUCCAGCGCGAAGACGACCCGAUGUACCAGAAGCCAUUGCUGAGAUUGGAUGCCGGUGUGAAAGGGUGGGAAACUGUGCGUCGGGAUCAAUUCCUUGAUGACUUGGUCAAGGAAAUUCCGGAGGGAGUGAUUCAUCUGCAGAAGCGUUUGGAGAACAUUAUCGACGAGGACGGUUCGGAGAAGGUCGUGCUGCAGUUCACGGAUGGGACUCGUGUUGAGGCUGAUGCUGUCAUCGCUACCGAUGGCAUCAAAUCCACCGCUCGCAGACUCCUUCUCGGCGAAGACAACCCAGCUUCGUAUCCCCAGUACAGCCACAAAGUCGCAUACCGAGCCCUCAUCCCCAUGGACAAGGUCACCGCCGCGAUUGGCGAAUACAAGACCCAGAAACAGCACAUGCACGUCGGACCAAAUGCACACUUGAUCCACUACCCCGUCAACACGAACACCAUCGGCGCGACAGUCGUCGUCUCGGAUCCCAAUGACUGGCCACUCGACAAGCCCACCACAGCCCGUGCAUCCCGCAAGGAUGUCUCCGAUGCACUCGCAAACUGGAGUCUGCCGGUACGCAAUCUCGUAGACUUGUUCCCGGAAGAGCUGGAUCAAUGGGCUCUGUUCGAUCUUGCCGAAUACCCAGUGCCACAAUACAACAAAGGACGAGUUUGUCUUGUCGGCGAUGCCGCGCACGCGUCUAGUCCGCACCACGGUGCUGGUGCGUCGUUUGGUGUCGAGGACGUGCUGUGCUUGUGCACCAUUAUCCCGGAGCAGACGGUUCAGUAUACCCGGGAGCGCAAUGUGUCGAAGGGUGAUUCGAUGCGUGCUGCUUUUGAGACAUAUGAUAAGAUCAGACGGACGCGGACGCAGUGGCUGGUGAAUAGUAGUCGGAGGGUGUGUGAUUUGUUCCAGCAGCCUGAGUGGGCGGAUCCAGCUAAGAGGGUCAAGACUGAGUCUUGUUUUGAGGAGGUUAAGGAUCGGUCGUUUAAGAUUUGGCACUUUGAUUCGGCCAAGAUGCAGGAGGAUACGCUUCGGGAUUACCAGGAGAGGAUUCGGGCUUUGGAGAAGAAGAAGGUGGUUAAUGGCGUUAAUGGGAAGACUAUCUCCAAUGCUGUGAAAGAGCCGGAGUGGCUAUUUGCCCAUUGA